GGAAAAAAAGGGAAAAUCUGAGCGCAACAAGUUGGAAGCAGAAAGCAAUGGCGCAGGUUAAACAAGCGGGUUAUUGUUCAGACUCUGAAGCAGUUUAGGGAGGCGGUGGUUUGUAAAAACUCUACGUGGCUGAAUGGGAAAAAUUUGGAGAAAAGGGGAUAAAUGACUUGAUUGGAGCACAGACUCGAUUUGGCUUAAAGGAAAGCAAAAGAGCUUCCUCUGCCACGUAGGAAACCCCACCAUUCCUGAGCCAGUGAAGGAGACGGAGGAAAGGAGAGGAAACUGCAACAUAUUAACGCUUUGCCGCCAUGCUACCAACUGCUGUUCUGUGUUUAUCACUGGUCUCCAUGGUCAGUCCCUCUACAUCCCAACAACCCCUGACCUCAGGGGAUCCCAAGCAGAAGAUCUUUUCAUCCAAGAGCCACCCAAGCUGGUCCUUAGGGCUGCAAGUGUACAGAGCUCUUCGUAGUGAAGGCUCUAACAUCAACACCCUCAUUUCUCCUGUACUGCUUGCCAACUCACUGAGCGCAUUGAGUCACAUAGCCAAGGGAGCCACAGCCAGGCAGCUCCAGGAGCUCCUGAAGAGCAACAAGGAUGAGAAACAAGCUGAGAAAUCAUCAUCCAAUCCAUUUACAUCCAUGAGAAAUGCAAAUGGAACCAGCAACACACUGCAUGGUUCCUCAGCUAUCUUCUCCAAACAGGUUCCUACACUGGAGAGCAGCUUACUGGAGGAGCUGCAGGCCCAGUUUGAACUGGACCAUGUGGCUUUAGGUGCAGGGAAUAAACAGGAAGAUAUGAAGAAGCUCAGUUCAUGGGCUAAAAGAGGAAUGGGAGGAGUAAAGGAAAUGCCACUGAAUGAAGGGCCAGAUGCUGAAGACGGAGCUCUGAUCCUGGCCAGUGCACUACACAUUAAAGGGUUUGGGGAUCAUGGCUUUGACAAAGAAAAUGAAGACCGGCGAAGGUUUUUGGGCACCAAGUACACCAAAGUGCAUAUGAUGCACAGAGCAGGCAUGUACCGUCACUAUGAGGACAUAGAGAAUAUGGUGCAGGUGUUGGAGCUGGGUCUGUGGGGUGGAAAGGCCAGCAUGGUACUUCUGUUGCCUUUCCAUGUGGAGAGUUUGGCCAGGCUGGAGCGCAUGAUGACACUUGAGCAGCUGGAGAAAUGGCUGGGGAAACUGAGCAGCAUGAGCAUGGCAUUGUCUCUGCCCAGGGUCAAUAUCAGCAGCACACUCAGCCUACAGAAACAGUUAGCCGCACUGGGCGUGGUUGACGCCUGGGACCGGAAAGUGGCGGAUUUCUCGGGUCUCGGGAAGGGGAAGAUUCAUCUGGGUGACGUCCUUCAUUGGGCAUCCCUGGAACUGGUGUCCAAUUCAGGCAGUAAGGACAGCGAAGAGGACGAAGAGCAUGUGGAGAAACCCAAAGUUUUCUACGCAGACCAUUCCUUUAUUAUCCUGGUGAAGGAUAACAGCACUGGAGCUCUGCUGAUGUUGGGUGCACUGGAUCUAGCAGACGGACCUGCACUGCAUGAUGAGCUAUAGACGGUGGAUGACGUAUGGAUACUUACUCCAUAAAAUGGCCCAUCAAAGAAAAUGCCAGGGGUGUCCAGUAUUAUCCGAAAAGGGCGCAGGUUUUCAUUCCAACCAAGCAGAAACCACACCCGAGUCUAUUUAAAACCAAAAUCAACUGAUUGAACAGGUGCAAUCAGAUGUGGCUCCUGCUUGAUUAGAAGGAUAACCUGCCCCCACACCAGGCCUUCAUUGAAUAAGACUGUACACCCCUUGAUCUAAGCCAUUUGUCCAGUGACACUGUAUAUACAUAUAUAUUUAAAUAACGGCAUGUGAUGAGUGAGUAAUUAUAGGUCCAAUUUUACAGUUCUGUAAGUGGCAAAAAAACACAAGACACUAUUAAGGGUCAGCAGAAGCUCGUAUUAUUUCUAACACCUAUCGAGCUCCAUUAAAUGUGCAAAGAAGAGCUAAUGGAAGGUGUAAAACGAUUUAUUAGAGCUUAGAAAAUCUAGCCGAACAAUUUCACCCAGGCUGAACCUGGAACUCAUUCCAUUAUUGUAACAAACGGGCUCACCAUGAGCGCACACCAGGCAUUCACACACUGAUGGCCCCCCUGAGAGAUUAAUCCUUUCACACUUGUGAAAUAUUCAGUGGAUUGUUCUCAGAUCUCUCUGCGAUAGUGUCGCUUUUACUUAUAUUCAUAUUGGCAACCUGACACUCCUCUCAUUUUAACACUCAGAGAUCUAAAGACACACUCUACAAGGCAACGUGAUCUUUCCUACUAACAACAAUACCCAACACUUGUAGUCCCAAAGUUGGCUAGAGUUUCUGAGCCCAAGCCGAGGGGUGCGUUUACUUUGUCACCACACACCACUUGCCAACUAAAUGAUCUGACAAUUGCACUGAACUUUGACGUGGGAUGGGUUUGCGCUCUCUCGCGCUCUCUUACGCUCUCUCUCUCUCUCUUUCACUCUCUGUCUCUAAGUUGUUGCCCAAUAGAUUAGGAGCUGCAGGGGGUCAAGCUCUAAGCUGGCAUACCGAGUCCCACUCCAGGAGCAGUCCCCUGGGAGAAAGAUUGCUCAACCAGGCUGUUAUUGAUGGGAUCUGCUUAAUACUAAUGACGCUAAUGACUCGAGACCACUGUCAACACCGCAGGCAGACGAUAAACCUUUAAUCUUUUAAUGCCUCCUUGGAUCAAUGGAGGCUGUGCCCUUGUGACACCGUUGUCCAUUUAGAGUGGUUAGGAAUUACAUUUAAAAUGCUGUUUGUAUGUGUGUGUUUGUUGUGUAAUGUAUUUUAAUGUAUUUUUUAUCUUAUAAUUAAAUAAA